AUGGAGGAUGUCAGGUCUCAAGGGGCACUAAAUGCGGUAUACACACAGCUGUGUGCUCAGACUGCCCCCUUAACCCAGUCACGGAGACCAGGAUCUCGUGCUAACGCUUCCCAACGGGAGAAUUCAACUUACGAGAAUACAGAACUUUAUGCCAGAUCCACAUCAAAACGUGAAUCAGGAAGUCACCAAAAAGAAUAUCAUGGUGAACCACACCCUCACCAAAGACAAUCAGUUCACGAUAGGCCUUGUGCGGUUUAUAACCCUGAGGCAGAACACAGCUAUGAUUUGAUUUACCGCCCUGCGGAAGCAGCGGAAAAUUCAAAGUUCGUCAUGGAAAUAGCUUUAGCUCAACUUGAGAAAGCUAAACUACCAUCCAACGUGGGUAAAUUUAAUGGGCUGACAGACCCCGAUGACCACUUGAGAGUGUUUACCAGCGUAGGUCUGGUUGGGGGUUGGACCCUCCCGCUAUGGUGCCAUCUGUUCGUACAGACUCUAACCGGUGCAGCGAGAAUCUGGUUCGAUAACUUACCAAUCGGACAGAUCGAAUCAUGGAAAGACCUGCGCGAAAAAUUUCUGACACAUUUUAGCCAACAACGGCGUUCCAUUCGCGAUACGUCUGACGUCAUGAACAUUUGGUGCCAUGACGAUGAAAAUCUGGAGGAUUUCAUCACCAGAUACAACAAAGAAGUACUGGAGAUUGGUGGUGUUCACGAACAACCGCGCCCAAUUCAAGUACGCGGUUAG